AGAGAGAAUUCAACAAUGGGCUCAUCUCUAUCUAUAUACAUAUCUCCACAAGCCCUAGCUCGCAAUACUCCAAACCCUCGCAACCCCCUCCCCAGAAAGCUCUGCAAAUCAAACCCUAACCACCACCAUCGCAUUACUCGCACCACCUCCCGUGACUUCCACCCUCCGCCGCCGCCGCCUCUCUCCUCCGUCUCCGGCGGCGAUGCCGCCACCACCUACACCCGCCUCCCUCCCAAAGACGACUUCUUUCUCUCCUCUCUCCACUCCUCAACCGAGGUCAAGCUAUCCGAAUUGAAUAUUUCAACUCGAAAGAUCGAAAACGACGAAUCGAGUCAAGAAGAAGAGUUGUUUGAUGAAAAUCUAGGGCUUUCUUACGGAAAGUUCGAAUUGUUCGAGGUGAAUUCUGAUUCUGAAUUCGAAGACGAUGAUAAUGAGGAGGAGGAGGAGGAGGAGGAUGACUAUGGUGGUGAAAUGUUAGGGUUUGAGGGUGGAGAAGCUGGGGAUGUGGUUGGUGGGGAUGGAAUUGAAGGAGAGGAAGUGAAGGAGAAAGAGAAAGGAGUGCCGGCGGUGAUGAGAUGCUUUGACAGAGCGAAGAUUUUUGUUAAGGCCGGUGAUGACGGGAUUGGGGUGGUGGCGUUCCGGCGAGAAAAGUACGUGCCGUUUGGGGGACCAUCCGGUGGCGACGGAGGGAGGGGUGGGAAUGUGUAUGUGGAAGUUGAUGGGUCGAUGAAUUCGUUAUUGCCGUUUCGACAGAACAUUCAUUUCAGGGCAGGGAGGGGUAGCCAUGGGCAGGGGAAGAAGCAGAAUGGGGCGAAGGGAGAGGAUGUUGUGGUGAAGGUGGCACCGGGGACGGUUAUUAGGGAGGCUGCCAUGGAUGGAGAGCAAGGGGAGGUGCUUUUGGAGUUGUUGUAUCCGGGGCAGAGGGCAUUGUUGUUGCCAGGUUGAAGAGGAGGGAGAGGCAAUGCUUCUUUUAAGUCGGGGACGAACAAGGUUCCAAAGAUUGCAGAGAUUGGAGAGGAGGGCCCAGAAUUGUGAGUCUUUCAAGUUCUUAAAUUGUUUGUUCAGAUUUUUAAAAAUUUGAAAUAGGUAAUUGCAUAUAUUAAUUUUAACACUCGGAAAUGGUUUCGUGGAUUUUUUAUUUGAUUUGUACAUCCUUGUUGAGAGUAUAGGGUUUUGUUCUGUUUAGUUCGGUUGUUUCUUUUGCUGGUACAUGCGUGUGUAGAUGGUUGAUGCCUUCACUGUGCAUUAAAAUAGUUACCAUUUUGCUUGUCAGUAAAUAAAUAAAUAACUGUUGUACAAAGUGCAGCAAAGUCUAUUAUUAUAGCUCAUAUUCUUUGAGUUCACUAAUUUAUAUUUUUACAAUUAAGUAUACAUGAGUCUGACCAUUUUAGGGGGUCAGAUGGGUCACAAUUGCAAUAUCUCCUAUUCCAAGUGGCACUGCAUUUGGAGAUACAAAGUUUUAGAUCACCAAGAUUUUGAUAGUGAGACUCACUUGUGGAAUUAAUAAGUUGUUAAUACAUGCCCAGGAUACCAAUUCAUCCAAGUUUUAGCGGUAACAUUCAUGGUUGGUGUAUUUACGAAUAAGGGGCCUCAAGAAUAGUCUCUUCAUAAGAAAUGGGGGGAAGGUUGUCUAGCUACUACCUCUCUGAGUCUUGGACUUUGUUAUAAGCUGGAGCUUUGUGCAUUGGGCAUGAGCUUUUUUUUUCUUUUUUAGGUUAUUCAGAGCUAAUUUCCAUGGUUAGUGGAAGUCUUUCAAUUUUGUUAUUAAUUAUUUUGUGAGCAUUUUGACCAGGUG